ACAGGUAAAAAGAAUGAAUGCUUGAUUUGUAAAGCUCCUUGUCGUACAGUUUUACUUUCAAAACAUUGCCCGUUUCCUGUGUCUGACAGCGAGUCACCAACAGCACGCCUCUACGGCUGCGUGAGGAGAGCUCCGUGGAUCGCGCACGCUGGUGCCCCCGUGUCCGCUUGUGCCUUCGGGCCUCCUGGACUCAAUUGCUCUGCACCGGCGUUGGUUUCCUCCAGUCCUUACGCCCUCUGCUGUGGUAGUGUGAGACGCAGCAAAGGCCUUCAGUCACGCUACUGACGCAGAUAUCCAGGCGUUCUUCAUGAGCAUAGGCAGUCUGUGUAAGAAGUACUCCAGGGAAACCUCCCAGGUUUCAGAAUUUCAAGAAAAACACAGGAAGAGAUUGUUAGCCUUCUAUAGAGAAAAGAUUUCUAGGUUGGAAGAAUCCCUUAGGAAGUCGGUGCUGCAGAUAGAACAGCUGCAAAGUAUGAGAUCAUCACAACAAACAACUUUCAGCACAAUAAAAAGUUCAGUUUCAACAAAGCCAUACGGAUGCCUGCUGCCACCUCACUCAUCAACCCCCGACAGACUGGAGUCAAUGGAAGUUGAUCUCUCUCCUUCUCCGAUUAGAAAAUCGGAGAUAGCAGCCGGCCCUGCGAGAAUCUCCGUGAUUAGUCCACCUCAAGAUGGACGCAUGGGCAGUGUCUCCUCCCGGGCCCCUGAGCAUCCCGGCCUGACACCGAGUCAGAGGAGCGUGGGAAAGCCUCUCAGGAUUCCACCUCUGCAAAUCCCCUACAAGGGACCACCGCUAACGCCAACACCACAGUUACCAGGGAGAGCAGGAAGAGGGGACUCUCCAGGCUUCGGGAGCUCCCAGGCCGGGCUGCCCCCCAGGCCGCCCAUCAGCAUCGCCAGCCUGCUGCAGAGGCAGUGUUCAGUGUGAAGUUUUGAAGUCAUUUCAAAGACAAAGUUGAUGUGUUUUUAUUGCGACUCUCGAUGCUUCCUGCGGGACCUGCUCACCUUGGGGCAGUGACACGUGAAAGAUGAACACCCAGCCACCCGCUCUACCCCUUCCAGUCCUCCAGCCUUCUGCCUACUAGCAUGUGUAUGUUAGACAGCCAAUGCGACUACACUUUCUCACUUGAUGAAAUAAUUAAGUAAUGUAGUCGAAUAAAGUAUUUUUCUGAUUAUCA